GGCGGCGCUCGCCUGCUGCUGCUGACUACACAAUCCAACAUGGAGUAGUGAGAGAUGGGGGCUCCUCUUCGAGACCAGCGCGCAGGCUUCAGCCACGGCAGAACGCGACGCGAGGCGAACAAUCAUCGAUAUAGCCAUCGGGAUGUUGCAUAACGCGAGGAUUCCUGGAUCUUUUAGCAGAUGCAUUGCAAACCUUGACGGAUAGAGAGUGCAGUGCGCGGAGGAAGAACGAAAAUAAGGAACGCUGAAGCGGAUUUGGGGGAAACUCGUUGAUGCACUGGACUUUAAAAAAAAAAAAGGCGAGGUGGAAAAUCGAGACAACAUGAAGCCCGAACGCUGCGCGCCCGCGGCAGGAUAUUAUUUUUAUUGUAGGUGAAACGAGGGGGAAAAUGACUGAGGAAUCGCACCCAGACGAUGACAGUUACAUAGUGCGAGUGAAAGCUGUGGUAAUGACGAGGGAUGAGUCUAGCGGGGGUUGGCUGGCUCAGGAGGGCGGAGGUCUCAGUCGAGUGGGCGUCUGUAAGGUGGUCCCAGCUGACCUGGAGAUCCUGGGACGCAACGGCUUUCUCAUCUUCGGCGAGAGACUCAAAGACAAGCAGGUGAUCCUGCAGUGCUUUCUGAAGAAAGAUCUGGUCUACACUAAAGCCACGCCCACUUUCCAUCACUGGCGAGUGGACAACAGGAAGUGUGGCCUGUCGUUCCAGAGCCCCGCUGACGCCCGGGCGUUCGAUCGCGGCGUGAGGAAGGCCAUCGAGGACCUGACGGAGGGCUCCACUACUUCUUCCUCCACCCUGCAGAAUGAAGCCGAACUGGGGGAUGAUGAUGUUUUCACGAAUGCCACAGACAGCUCGUCGAACUCUUCUCAGAAGAGAGAGACGUCCAUGCAGACGCUCGCACCCAUCAGCUUCUCUGAGCCCCACCACUGCAUUCUGGGACAUCUCUAUGACCAGCACAGGCACUCUGACCGUUUCUACCUGGAACAGACGGUGCCCAUGUUCCCAUGUUCCCGGCACGUACGGUUUCACGAGGAGGACGAGGAAAUCGUCCGGAUUAACCCACGCGAGCGCUCUUGGCUAACGGGCUACGAGGACUAUCGGCACGCCACCACAGCCACGCGGGGCAAACCUCUGCGACCGGACGCCACGGACGCUUACGUUCAUCUCGCAAAGAUCGAACCUCCCAAACACGACUACACUUACUCUUACCCACUCAGUGGGGACGGACACACUCCCCGCGACAGCAAAACGGGCAUCGGCGGAGGCGUGGUCACUGGUCAGCCGCGACCGCUAACUGCUAAAUGGCUGCCGCGGCGCGUGGAGGACAGCAGAGAGCGCUUACGGUGCGUGUACUGUCAAAACAUGUUCAGUCCGGCCGAAAACAGGCGCGGGCGCUGUCAGGAGGCCCCGGACCCCGUGCAGACGUGCAUUCGUCGGGUUAGCUUCAUGUGGUGCGCGGACAGCCUGCUCUACCAUUGCAUGUCGGACCCCGAGGGCGACUAUUCGGACCCCUGUUCCUGCGACGCCAGCGAAGAGCGCUUCUGCCUGCGCUGGCUAGCACUCCUGGGACUGUCGCUGCUAGCGCCCUGCAUGUGCUGUUACGCGCCGCUGCGAGCGUGUUACCACUGCGGCGUCGCGUGCCACUGCUGCGGCGGCAAGCACAAAGCCGCGGGGUGAAACAUGCUAGCGCACCAGCAGCUGGGGGAAAUUACAGCGGGAAAUGCUAAUGAAAAGUGGAAGAAUGAACUUGUGGCUGCAUUUGAGUUUUACCCCUCCCAUUUUUACGUUUUGUUUUCUCAAUUUAAUUGUACUGGACAGCUGUGUCCUGGUUUGUAUUUUUCUUUGUUUUUAAAAGAGUAACCCUCAGCUUCCAUUUAAAAGACUACACGAUAAAUAUUCAUUUAUAUAUGAAAAGUAUAUAUAAAUAUAUGUAGAUAUAAAUAUAUAAAUCCAGGUACUUUAUA